AUGGCCUCUUCUGCCGGCCGCUACUGGGCCCUUCGGCUGUGCCCGGGGGACGAUUUGAAAGAGUCGCUGCUUGCCUACGUUGCGAAGCAUGGGCUCCGAGCCGCGGCGGUGGUGAGCUGCGUGGGCUCCCUUAGCAAGGCCAGCUUGCGGCUCGCCAACGCAGAUCGCGCAAACCCGAAUCCGGUGAGGAGCUUUGAGAAGCGCCUCGAGAUCACCUCCCUGGUUGGCACACUGGGUUGCGAAGGACCUAAAGGACAUCUGCACCUCUCGGUGGCAGACGAG